AUGCCCGAAGCACGAGACCGCCGCUCCUCGCCGCUCGACGUGGCUGCAAUCUACUCUCGCCGCCCAGCUUCUUUACUCGGAGCGUUAGAUUUCGACCCGCUUAUUCUCGGAUCCACUCCAAGCCCAGCAACUCCUGGAGCAACCGGUUCGGUUGUUUUCGGAGCUCCAAGAAACAGCAUCGGGCGUGGGCGUUCACGUGGGCGAGGCCGUUAUAGUUACACUGCCGCCGGUGAGAAUACUCCUCCACUGGGAACUCUUCGACGUGGAAGAGGUCGGGGUUCGUCGCGCAGUAUUCUACCUUCUUGGUACCCCCGAACCCCUCUGCGUGAUAUCACUGCUGUUGUGAGGGCAAUUGAAAGAAGAAGAGCUCUUUUGGGAGAAAACGAAGGCCAGCAAACUGGGACUCCGUUGCGUGCGGAUCAACAGCUUCCUGCUCCUUCUGUGUCUGAUGCUCAACCUCAGCACGGUGAAUCUGUUAGCUCUCUCAAGUCUGUAGGGGUUGUGAUUAAAACACCUGCUGGUAGUAAAGUGCCAAAGAUAUUGGUACAAAUUUCCAAUCAGGAAGAAGGAGAAUCAGAACUCCUCACUCCUCAGAAGAAACUUUUGAACAACAUUGACAAAGUUGAGAAGGUUGUCCGUGAAGAGCUGCAGAGGCUGAAGAGAACCCCAAGCGCCAAGAAAGCUGAAAGAGAAAAAAGAGUGCGUACUUUGAUGUCCAUGAGGUGAAUUUUUGAAGCCU